AUGACGUUGACCACGGUGUAUUCGACUGGUUCAGCCAAGGCCUUGAUGAGGCUAAACUUCUUUGUCAUGUCAUCAAAAAACUCCAUCUUUAUCUUACGCGUAUUGACGGAGCUUUGUGCCAUUACCUUGGCGGCUCUAGUUGUGGUUGUAGUAGAAGACUUGCAAUGGGCACUGGCAUCUCGUCCUGGCGGUGUCAGUCUCUUGCACUUUGUCGGGCUGGACUCUGGAACAGGCGUAUGGGGACUUUUGCGCCUCUUGGCGACGGCUGAGUGGAAGUAUAAGUACUCAAGUUUAUUCCGUCUUCUGGUCAUCUGCUCAAUUCCUCUGCCUGGCGUUAUACUUAUGGGCGCCAUCUCUAUCGACAUGGUCACUUUCCCCGAAAAGACAUAUAACGUAUCUGCGGGGAUUGCCCCCUUCAACGCUUCAUAUGUCUACGAAAUCCAGCAGUCAACGGCAACAGCCCUGCUGGUACAGAUGGGGAGCCCUGCCUGGUCGGAUAGAGACUCCUUCUCUUUGGAUCCUUUGGAUGAUGCUGCAGGAAAAUGUGUCGACGUAAGCGGCAAAUGGGCCGCUUGUGAUGAGUCGCAUCUACUCACUGGCGGUAUUGUCUCCAUCGCUCCACAGAUAGACGAUUUGAAACAAUACCCGGACUCUACCACAUACGUCGUUCCCAUGACGCGGGUAGUUCAGCUCGAGUACGGCAAAGUGCGUGACCUCAAUGGCCUUCGUGCGACGGGCAACUGCUUCCUCCUCGGCGCUGCCAAUGCUGCCUCUUACUGGUGUACUGCUGUUGGUGACGGAAAUGGGUUUUUUUUCGGUAAGGACAUAUAA